AUGCGUUGGGGUGUACGUGCACCUGCUCAGGAAUUGCUGCCGGGGGCACUGCUACUCGAAGGCCCGCUGAAGCAGCAGCAGCAGCAGCAGCAGCAGCAGCAGCAGCAGCAACAGCAGCAGCAGCAGCAGCAGCAGCAGGGGGACAGCGCCCUGCGAAGCCGCAUAGCAGAGCUGCUGCAGACAGUGAAGCCUCUUGCUGCUGCUGCUGCUUCUCGGCUGCAGCAGCAGCAACAGCAGCAGCAGCAACCAACACGAGCAGAACUGCUGCAGGACGCCAUGGGGGUUUACAAUCUCCUACGCAGAAGAAGAGGGAAUAUAGACUGA